UCGGCGCCAUGCCUCCACAAAAUGUGCACGGUCAUCAAUCAUGGCUGCAUUGAGUGUAUACAAUCUGUUAAGACUGUAUGUGUCUGCUGAUAAGUUCUAUGUGGAGCCUAAAGACUCCAAGGAGACGGACGAGAAAGUGCUGGAAAUUGAUCGAGUCAGUCAAGAACUUGUUUUGGCAGAUAACAAAGGUCAAAUUCCUGUCCAAUCAGAAAGCAAAGACAUAUUUGGAAUUAUUGGAGUCAUCAAUCUGAUUGCAGGUUCAUAUCUGGUUGUGAUAACAAAGCGAAAGUUUGUUGGAAUAAUCAAUAGUCACGAGAUUUGGAAAGUCCAAGCAACAGAAGUGAUUGCCUUUCCAAGGACUCAGCAUCAUUUGUCAGAAAAACAGGAUACAGACAACAAGACUUAUCUCCUUAUGAUUGAACAAGUACUCCUGACAGAUGGAUUUUACUUUUCAACAACUUAUGAUCUGACUCACACAUUGCAACGCCUAUCAAAGACCAGUCCUGACUUUUUGCAUAUGCCUCUUCAUGAAAGGGCUGAUCAAAGAUUUCUGUGGAAUGGCCAUUUCUUGAGGAUGUUCGCAGUACAGCCAGAGCUCAGCAGAUUCAUACUACCUGUGAUUCACGGCUUCAUUGAGUUUCAAAACUGCUCCAUCAAGAGUCGAACAUUUGAUUUUAUUUUGAUAUCACGAAGAAGCUGCUACAGAGCAGGUAUGAUACCCUUCAAUCCACGUGAACUUCGCUGUCGAAAAUAUAGUUCACGUGCUUUGUCACGUGUAGGUGUCCGAUACUACAUACGGGGCCUUGACGUUGAGGGUCAUCCAGCAAACUAUGUGGAAACGGAACAAAUUAUACAAUACAACGGGGAAACCACAUCGUUUGUGCAGAUUCGUGGCUCUAUACCACUUUACUGGUCACAAAGACCGACAUUACAAUACAAGCCACGACCAAAGUUACUCGAAGCGGAUCACAACACAGGUUUUCAACAACACAUGGAGCAUCUGAUAUAUCAUUACAACGAAAUUGUUCUCGUUGAUCUGAUUGACCACAAAGGCCCCGAGAAAGAGAUUGGUGACCAGUUAACUGCUGUCGUCACAGCUUCCCCUUAUUCGGGAAAACAGCUCAGAUUAGAAAGAUUUGAUUUUCACAAAGAGUGCAGCAAACUUCGUUGGCAUCGCUUGUCGAUAUUGAUGAGCAGACUGAAAGAGGAUCAGGAGAAGUUUGGGUACUUCAAAAUGAUGAGGGAUAAAACGGUUACUUCGGAGCAAGCAGGGGUAUUUAGGACAAAUUGUAUGGAUUGUCUGGACAGGACCAACGUAGUUCAAAGUAUGCUAGCGAGAGCGAGCCUUCAAACACAAUUUGAGCAUUACGGUAUUUUGUUGAAUGGAGAGAAAGUUCAAGAUUGUUCCAGUUUCGAGUACAUCUACAAGAACGCAUGGGCAGACAAUGCUGAUGCAUGUUCAAAUCAAUAUGCUGGAACUGGUGCUUUAAAAACAGACUUCACAAGGACAGGCAAGCGUACAAGAUGGGGCUUGUUGCAAGAUGGAUACAACUCAAUCAUUCGUUACUAUAAGAAUAAUUUUUCCGAUGGAUUUCGACAGGAUGCCAUUGAUUUAUUUCUUGGGAACUAUGUUGUCGAUUCUGCCGAAGGUAUUACCAAACCGUCGCCUCUACAAAAGACGCAGGAUUGGAAGUUCAUGUUGCUUCCUUUCAUUCUUCUUAUCGGAUUUUCAAUGUUGAUCAUGAGUGCAAUGAUAUCUACAACUGAUCCUGGUUUUCAAUUUAUGUACGUGCUAUUCUGGGGUUUGGCCGUCGUCUUCACUCUCUCCAUCAUAUUUUACUAUGGUAAAGAAUUUGUUGACGAACCCAAGUUGGUACACAAGCCAAUAAAAGAUAAGAAUGUUUGACUGCAACCUUAUGAAAUAAUUUAGAGAAGCAGCAAACAGCUGCUCGUAAUAUUUAAUAUGAACUGUAGGCGAGAGAGAAAAAUAUUAGCAAUUCUAAUGAUUAUCGAAGAAAACGACCAACUGUGUAACUAACCCCGUCACAAGGAAAAGUUACGUGUAUGUAAAUUAAUAUUUGUUGAAUUAAUUCCACCUGAAGGUGUCAUAGAUUUGAGAUA